GGUUAUAAACAGAAGCUUAAAAUUCCAGGUACUGCACACCAUUCAGAUGUCAGCUCUCCCUCACAUUUUUAAAAGAACAUUUUGUUGAAUUUUCUGAGCAUAUUCAUCCAUGUCUGAAGAAACUGUUUAUGCAGAUCUAAAAUUCCAGGACUCUGAAAAGAAAGAAAAUAUCAAUAAUUUUGACAGAUGUGGGGCAAAAGAACCUACAGCUCCUCCCCAUUUACAGCAUAAAAGCAUCUUGAUUUUGACCCUUCUCUGCCUUCUGCUCUUCGUUGGACUGGGAGUGUUGGGAGGCAUGUUUUUUACAACUUUGAAGAGAGAAAUGGUAAAAUUGAGUAAACUACAAAACACCAAGGAAGAACUCCAGCAAAAUCUUUCUGUACAAUUGAUGCACAAUAUAAAUAGCUCCAAGAAAGUCAGGAGCCUCUCCAUCACACUGCAAAAGAUAUCCACCGAACUGUGCCGCAAGCUGUAUCAAAAAGAACCAGCACACAAAUGCAAACCUUGUCCAAAGACGUCAAUGUGGUACAAAGACAGCUGCUAUUCUCUACUUGAUGGGUAUGAAAACUGGCAAAAUGGUGAACUGUUAUGUUCUUCUCAGAAUGCCAGCCUGCUGACAAUUAAGAACAGAAGUGCAUUGGAAUUCGUAAAAUCUGAGAACUUAUAUAACUACUGGCUGGGAUUAUCUCCCAGAAAAGAAUACAUAAACAAUGUGAAAGUGGGUGAUAAUAUUUUCUCCUCUGUAUGGUCUGAACGAAGCACAAGUGAUUUAAAAAAGAUGUACUGUGGAUAUAUAAAUGGAAUGUAUGUUUACUAUGAUUACUGCACUCAAAGAAAACUUGUCAUGUGUGAGAAGGCAGCUGAUAAAGUGAAGAUAGAAAGUGUGUUGAGUAAAAUUCCAGGGGAAACCAUAUAGCUAAAGCCUCUGUUUCUCUCCCGCUAAUAUCCUGUCAUUCAAAGUAACCAGGCAACAUGCACCUUCUGCCUCCCAUGAACACAGCGAUAACUCUGCUUCUCCUAACAUUUGUCCAGAUUCUCUUCUGUCCCAUUUACUGAUUGUAAGACACUAAGUCAUACAUUAUCAGCUGCACUAUAACCCAGAUACUAACCAGCAUGAAGACAGCAUUUCCUACUGAACAUAGGAACCUGCGGCCAGUAUAAUAUGCUCCUAUUUUUUUCCAGAGAUAAAACAAAUUUCAAUCUCCUAGAAAAUCAAGAGAAAAUUAAGUCCAGAAAUGUAUGGAAAGAACAGUACAAUUCAAACAACUUGGAUUUAGUCUAGUAAUAUAGGUUUGUUCUCAUUUUGAAAUAAAAACGGGAGAAAAAAUUUCAUCAUUUAGCAGACAUAGAAAAAGCACUGAAGAAUACUCAACACCCAGUUGCAAUGAAACUUCCUAGAGACUUUGAAGACAUUGCUGUCCCCUGUAGCCACUCACUGUCAACCUGAUCAACCCCACUGUGUUUUUUGAUGUUGCUCCCAAUGGUGAGCCCUUAGGUGGUAAUCCUUCAAGCUAUUUGCAGACAAAGUUCCAAAGAGAGCAGAAAAACCUUCAUGCUCUGUGCACAAGAGAGAAAGGCUUUGGUUAUAAAGAUUCCUCCCUUCAUAGAUCUAUUCCAGGAUUCACCCUCCAGGGUGGUGACCUCACACACUAUAGUGGCAUUGGUGGCAUAUGGUCCUGUUAGCUUGUCCGUGGCAAAUGCUGGACCAAACACAAAUGUCCACAUUUUUCAUCUGCACUGAUAAAACUGAGUGGUUGGCUGGCAAGUCCAUUGUCCCUGGGAAGGUGAAUGAUGGUUUGAGCAUCAUGGGAACCAGGAAGCACUCUGGGUCCAGGAAUCACAGGACUAGAUGGACCAUCACCCACAGGUACGAGGACAAGCUGAUACUUUUGACUUGUGUGAAUCUUCCCCACCAGAUCGUUCCUUCCAUAGCUCAGGAGAGCAUCUUUCACAUUUUCUGCUCAGUAGCCCAAUAAUCUUUGUGCCCUAACUUCAGGUCUAUGGGUUCCAUAUUCUCCAAACAGCACCUCACCACCACCCCCCAAUCUAGCUGGAUUUCAGAGCUAAGUUUGACUAUGAAUAGAAAUUAAAUAAGAAACAAACUUCUGAGAAAACUAGAAGUAGAUUCUCUAAGUAUAAUAAAGAAUUUUGACACAAAGACAAAAGCUCUAAAGUCAUAAUUAGCACCAUACUUCUAAUAAGAGAAUGAUUAUUAUUUUCAUUUCUAGAAAAAGAUACAAAUGGGCUUUAUCAACUGUUUCAUUAAAAAUGUCUCUUAUCCAGUAGAGGUCCUGGGACUGGAAUAAAACAAGAGAAGGGCAUAUAAAAUUUAAAGAUUGGAAAAUGAAGGAGAAAUAAAACAUUUAUGUGUACAGAACAUAAAUUGUAUGUAUGAGAUAUAAGCUUUGAACUGUUGUAAUAAGUUUUCUAUCAUGUCAAGGUUGCUAUAUAACGUGUCAACAAAUAAUCCAUAUUUCUGUACAUUAGCAGCAAAUCAU